GUUUAGUUGCUUUCGUCGCUUGAAACGUGAAACAUACGACACACAAACCGAAAACGAAAUUGAAUUUGCAACUUUAGUUUUUUAUUUAUUGUACGUUACGUCAGUUGCUGUCACCACAGCGGCGACUUUUCGCGCGGAUUUUUAUGUGUUGCUGAUAUUAAAAAAAAAAACACAAAAAAGAAAAACGGUGGAAAAAAAUAAAGCGCGCUUUUCAAAUUUUUCGUGUGGCGGAAACGAUUGUUCAAAAGUGCGAUUGUGCGAUCAAACGGAAUUUCGCAGCAAAAAGGCUGCACAACAUCAACAACCAGUGCAACGAAUAUGACCACCUCAACGCCCAACAACAGCGCCAGUGCCAACACAAAUCACAACAACAACUGCAGCACCAGCAGCAGCAACAACAAUACGAGCCAUAACAAGAGCAACAGCAACAACAACACACAUUUGGAAGGCGGCGACACAGAGAGUGGUGUCACUGCAUUAGCUUUGUACAACUUAAACAGUCCCAGUGGAGCAACUGCAUCCAUAGGAUCAACAAAUCGUGUCAUGCAAGCGGACGAAGAUUUCAACAUACGUUUCGUUAAUUUGGUGCGCACGCAUCGCUGUCUUUAUGAUAAGAAAGUGCCCGAGUAUCGCAACAGAGACAACCAGGAGAAAGCUUGGGCGCUUAUAUCCAAGGAAACUCGUGAGAGUGUUAUACACUGCAAGGAGCGAUGGCGAAAUCUGCGCGCAUGCCUUUCACGUUAUAUCAAACAGCAAAGCGGCUCGGAGCCGCAGCACAAACCUUAUUAUCUGACCGAGCACAUGGCAUUUCUGUUGCCGUUUCUCAAGUCCACACGAAAUUCACUGGAGGGCAACAAUAGCCUGGCAACUCUCUAUCAGUUCUCGCAGCAUUUGCAGCUGCAGCAACAGCAGCAGCAACAUCAGCAGGAUCAUUUGUAUUGCAGCAGCGCCAACAAUAAUAAUAAUAACAACAAUGGCCUGGAUGAAUCGCUGGAGCUAAAACAGUCAUUGUCAGAGAACGAUGAUGAGGAGACUAUAGAUGCAUUUGAUCCUGCCAUUGCGGCCACACUGGGCUUGCAACACGCGGCGCCUGCAAGUGGAGUGGCGCCUGGCUCGCCGGCGCAUAGUGAAACAGCCAGCGCUAGUCUGGAAAACUUUAUACCCGAUGUACAACUGGCUGAGUCUGGUCAGGAUUUGAUUUAUAACGAUGCGGCAUCAACGCCGCUGCAUCAUCAGACGCCACAUUCCCACGCAUUGCACAAUCAUCUUCAUCAGCAGCAGCAGCAGCAGACUUCGACGCACUUUGAACCCAACAGCGCCAAACGCAUCAAAACGGAAUGUGAGCCCAGCACAAACAGCAAUGGAAUGGCCUACUUUGGUGGACUCAGUGUGACGGAGCAUACAGAUAUGGAGUUCUUUCGCAGCAUAUUGCCAGAUCUUGCAGCACUAACGCCGCAGCAACGUCGCAAAUUCAAAAUUGGCAUACUCGAGUUGAUAGACGAUGUGGUAGAGCGUUAUCCAACGCAGGAGCAUUGCAAUGUCAACGGCAACGGCAACGGCAUGUUGAAUGGCAGUGUGGGCAGCAGCAAUGGCAAUGUCAGCUUGGCCAGCACUGGUGUAAGGCCACAUCGUUCCAAUUCUGCAAGGGAUUGGCGCAAGUAAAAUACUACAAGUCAUAAGUUUGAGCUGUUAGUGCUCAAGAGCUGAGUGGGUAGCAGCUGCUACGAUAUGCCAAAAAUAAUAUAAUUAUGUUAACUGAGCAACGUUAUUUAAAAUAUGUUGCUAAAACUAAAAUAUUAAUUGGUUAAAUAGAUAACACUAAAUCCUUCUAACUUCUUCCAGCUUGCAACGCCCCCCGCAGCUCUUGACACUUUUCUAGUUCCCAAAGUCCAUAUGUUGUGUGCUCAAUGUGUUAGCACUAUAACUUAAGUUACUAUCGAAACCUAAAGCUACUUGUUGUGUUUUAUUUUAUAUAUACAUACGUACCUAGCUGUAAGUCGCUUUGUAUAUAGACAUACAAUACGUGUUCAAUAAGUUUAGCUAUUAAAAUAUACAUGUACAAACAGAACGUUGCAAAUUAGCUAAUGUUAGAGCAUUGCCCAAACAGUCGUGUCAAAUAAACAAUUGAAUGUAUGAAAAUAU